AUGUUUUAUGGGGCUGUGGCGCAUGCAUUGCCCGUCAGCAAGUACUCAGUCGAAGUCGGGGUUAUUAACAGCCUUGUCCUGGCCCGCCCUUCAGCGCGCGGGGGCUCGGCUGUUCCUCUUUGUUUGGAGAGCAUUCCGCCGAUGUUCUUUGGGAGCUCCUUUAGGAGACUUUUUGAGCAUUUGCUGACCAUGGAGAAGAAGAUUGCAGUUGGGGUGUACAGACAGCUCACCAGUUCCCCGCAGCUGGAGCUGCAGGACCAGCCUUUAGCCAUAGUCAUUUCUUGCCCCAGCAGGGACCUCAAGCUUUGCCCCACAGAUCAGGUGUACGUGAUAACUCAAGGCUUGCCUAGUGAAUGGAUGCCGUAG